CAUCAACACAGCAUGCCCACAACUUCCUAACCUGUACGUCUUUGUAAUGUGGGAGGAAACCAGAGCACCCGGAGGAAACCCACGCAGACGUGGGGAGAACGUACAAACUCCUUACAGGCAGUGGCCGGAAUUGAACCCAAGAUUAGUGGGUGGUAAGAUCUUUAAAACGAGAAACUGCCUUUUUUUUUGCUGGGGAUAAGUUUAAGAAGAGAAAGAUGUUUAUACAAAGUGUGACUAUGAGUGUGGGAAAGAGUUUGGUCAGAGUCAAAUUUAAUGUAUGCACAAGUGCAAUGAAAAACUUACUUGCAGCAGCAUGACAGGCACAUUGCAUCAAAGACACAAUAUUCACUAGAAAAGCAUAAAUUAAACGUUGUUUACAGGGUGUAGAGGGGAGUAUGACACGCACACAAGGCAGGAAAGAACAGAUUUUGCCGAUGGACUCGGAUAAACACCAGCCGAGACGGACUGACCUACACGUUAUCUUAAUACAAGGUGCAUGGGUUGUUCGUCAACCCCCCAUUCCCGCUCGCUUUUGGGAGCCACUGCCCCGUCCUGUUCCAACUUUAAUUCCCCCCCGCAUGCUGCAUCCAUCAGCCGGGAGGGCCGGCAUGCCCCGUCCAUCAGCCGGGAGGGCCGGCAUGCCCCGUCCAUCAGCCGGGAGGGCCGGCAUGCCCCGUCCAUCAGCCGAGAGGGCCGGCAUGCCCCGUCCAUCAGCCGGGAGGGCCCGCAUGCCCCGUCCAUCAGCCGGGGCCAGCGGUUGCCGCCGGCGCCCGUUAACCCGCGACGGCAGCCCGCGCCCCAUUCAAACUCACAGCGUUCCUCGCAGAGCGCGCGCCUGCCACGUUGCGUCACAGGUCGCGCGACGUCAGUUCCUACGCGUGCCAGUGGGGGUGACGUCAGUGGCCGGGGGUAGGGUGAGCCGGUGAAGGGGCCUCUGGAGAGAGCUGAGGGUCCAACGGAGAGCGUUGAGCAUGGCUUCUAACAGGCGGGCUGCUUCGAAGGACGGAGUGAGUGAUCGCGCCGCCCCGGCCUUGGCAGGGGCCGACAAGAGCUGCGUCCUGUGCUGCCAGGAGCUGGAGAUUUACGCCGUGGGGAAGUGCGAUCACCCGGUCUGUUACCGCUGCUCCACCAAGAUGAGGGCCCUGUGUGGGCAGAAGUACUGCGCCGUCUGCCGCUUGGAGCUCGACAAGGUUGUGUUUGUGAAGAAAAUUGCUCCAUUUUCAACAAUAACAACUCAUCAAUUCCACCAUGAAAAGAAAUAUGACAUUUAUAUUGCUGAUGGAAGGAUUCAUACCCAGUUCAGGAAGCUCUUGCAACAUGACUGCUCAGUAUGCCUUGAGUCAAGACCUUUUAAUACUUUUGAAGACCUAGAGCAUCACAUGAGGAAGCAACAUGAGAUGUUCAGCUGUAAGCUGUGUGUAAGACACCUCCAGAUUUUCAGUUAUGAACGAAAAUGGUAUAGUCGUAAGGACCUUGCUCGUCAUCGAAUACAUGGUGACCCAGAUGAUACUUCACAUCGUGGCCAUCCUUUGUGCAAAUUCUGUGAUGAUCGUUAUCUAGAUAAUGAUGAAUUACUUAAGCAUUUGAGACGGGACCACUAUUUCUGCCAUUUCUGUGAUUCUGAUGGUGCUCAAGAAUAUUAUAGUGAUUAUGAUUAUCUUCGUGAUCAUUUUCGUGAGAAGCACUAUCUGUGCGAAGAAGGGCGUUGUAGUACUGAGCAGUUUACUCAUGCUUUUCGCUCUGAAAUUGAUUAUAAAGCACACAAGGCUGCCUACCACAGCAAAAGCAGAGCAGAGGCCCGACAAAAUAGACAGAUUGACCUGCAGUUUAAUUAUGCUCCUCGACAUCAAAGGCGAAAUGAAGGUAUUUUGGGUGGAGAGGAUUAUGAAGAAGUGGAUCGAUUUAAUAGAAGAGGCCAGAACAGAGGACAAAACCGUCGAGGCAGAUGGAAAUAUAACAGGGAGGAAGAAGAUCGAGAGGUUGCUGCCGCUGUUCGAGCAUCUAUAGCAGCACGACGGCAAGAGGAAAAGAAGCAAGCUGCUUUAAAGGAAGAAAUUGAUAAUAGCAAAAAUAAUCAUGGUGAAAAGGAAAUGGAUGAUGCAUGUAAUGCUAAGAGUGUGGUUAAGUCAACGAAUGAGACUACAGGUACCAAAGAGACUGCUAAAGGUUCUUCAAAGCAGGAUAAUUUCCAAGUGACUGCCCCACCUAAUCCAAGUUCUAAUCAUUUGAUUCCUGUCCGCCUAAAUGAAGAAGAAUUUCCCAGUUUGUCUGUUUCGACACGUGCAAGUAGCACAGGUCUUACUCCAACUUAUACAUCUGCAGCUAAGAAAAAUGCUACUUUUCAGGAAGAGGACUUUCCUGCUCUUGUGUCUAAAAUUAAACAGCAAAAACCCACAACAUCUGCAACUGCCUGGACUAAUGCUCCUGGUAAAAGUGUUUUGAAAACUGUGCAUUCCAGCAGCAACAAUUCUAAUCAAGCUAUUAAAAAGUCUUUAAUGACUCAGAGUACCAAAACAAAAAAUAAAGUUGCUUUAAAGUCUGAUGAGGAGGAUGAGGAAGAUGGUACUGGUUUGACGGCCCAGGAGGUUAGAAGUACACCCACAAUGUUAGAUAUUUCUUCUUUAUUAACUACUUCAACUCAGACUGUCUCUAAAGUUGGUAAAAAGAAAAAGAUUGGGGGAGAAAAGCAAAAUUCAUCACCAGCUCCAAUUACUGACACGCAUGUAACUACAGUUCAAAAGGAGAAUGUUCCAGAAAUUAAACAGAAGAGCAUACCUGUCACCAGUGUGUUGAAUGGUCACACUGACAAACUAUGUACUGAGAAUGCAAGCACAUGCACAAUAAAGGAACCACCAGGGUUUAAGAAGCCUGAAGAGAGUUCAAGUCCUCUACCUGAAGAAGAAUUUCCUGUAUUAGGGAACCCAGUUUUACCAAAGAAUCCACCUCCAGGUUUUAACAAGUUAUUACCCGUGAAGAGCCCACCAUCCAACCUUCCUCCUCCACCAGGAUUGUCUGCCCCUGUUAGUAAACCCCCUCCUGGCUUUACUGGUGUCCCUCUGAAUUCAAACAUCAGCGAGCCUAUGAUUCCAGCACCAAAACAGUCUCUACCAUCGUCAAGUAUUUACCUCAUUCCGGAGAACUUUCAGCAGAGGAACGUUGAGCUAAUCCAGUCCAUAAAUUCAUUUUUGCACAAUGAUGAAACAAAAUUCAACAAGUUUAGGACUCAAUCUGGACAGUUCAGACAGGGUCUGAUUUCUGCCGCUGAGUACUAUAGGAGCUGCAGAGAAAUUCUGGGAGAAAAUUUCCUGAAGAUAUUCAAUGAACUGCUUGUUUUGCUGCCGGAUACAGCCAAACAGCAGGAGCUUCUCUCUGCUCAUAAGGACUUGAGAAUGCAGGAGAAACCAGUAUCAAACAAAUCAAAAAAGAACAAGAAAAAUGCAUGGCAAACCUCUGUUAAUUUGGAGCUCGACUGCCAGGUGUGUCCAACAUGCCAUCAGGUGCUGACCCAGAAAGACUUUGUUACCCACAAGACUUCACAUUUUGAAGAUGAUGAGUUUCCCACCUUACAAUCUGUGAGCAGAAUCAUCAGUUAAAAAUCAAUCCUUGUAUUGCAGACCCAAGGGGUAAACCUCAUUGAUGCACAUAGAUGGUGUGUGGAUGCUAUUACAGGCAUAUGUUGCUUUAAGGGAAAACUUGGGUGAUUAUGAUAGUAUAGUACAUAGGUGAAAGGAAGGAAAUAGUAUCUGUGCAUUACGGAAGCCUUGAUACAAUACCUAAAGCCUGUUGCUAUACUAUUAUAGAAAGUAAAAGAUGGUACAUCAUUAUACACUUGAAUGUUUUUGAAACUACUGUCUACAAUUGCAAAAUGCAGUAGUAAAGUAAGUGAUUUAGCAAGAAGUAUCACUUUGGUGCGAAGGUAUUAAAAUUUGGCUGAUUUUAAAAACAGGUAAUCUGAAUGCACAAAUGCUUUGCAUAAACAUACACUGAGGUACACUUUCACAUCAAAAGUGUACUAAAAACAGUUGAAAUUGGUCUGUUAAUGUAAAACAAUGUUUCAGAAUUGGGUUUGCAUGCAGCUCAGUGCAGCAUCUUUUUGUAUCCCUUGUAGGUAUUAAUGCACUAAACUUGUUCCACUGAGUUUCCCAUUUGACGAUGUAAAAUUCAGGAUAUAAUGUAAUGGUUUAGAAACUAUAAUUAAAUGCAGGAUAUUGCAUUGCUGUAUCAUCAGGUUUAUUUUUCUUUGAGUGUAUAAAUUGGUAGCUCAUAAGCCAGUCCUACAAAGUUAAGACUUUAUAUUCGCUAUUUAAACAGCAGUCCAUGCUACCAGUGCAAUGAAUUUAAUUUUGAUUGCAUUUCCAUAAACUGCAUUCUGUAAUAGAAACUAUGUAGGCUCACAGGUCAUUAAAUUUCAUCAGUGCUUCAGUAAAUUGUCAAGUCCCAUGAGUUGAACAAUAGAAGUGAUGACCUCUGUUGCAUGAUCUUUCUCUAUCAACAGCUGAAAAGUUGAGCGUUUUUGAUGGCUGAAGAAAGUUUAUUCUUGAAUAAAUGGCAGAGGCAACAGCAUCCUGGACUAUAGUGAUUGAUGUAUUUGUAAUAUCCAUGAUGGUGGAUUGGCUUUUCUUUUUGCAUGUAAUAUAUUUUGAUUAGUAGUGGUUCAUGUCUGUAUUGCUAUGGAAGUACUUUGAUCAGUACUUAUAUUCACUAAGUAUCACCAUUAGAUAUAUUUUAGUGCCUUUUUUUUUAAAUUAAAGCUUUAAAAUAGCAUACAUCUGCCAUCUAAAUUAAAGCUCAAGAUAGUAUACACUUUAUUGUCAGGAGUCACUUUAUUGCCAGUUUUCUAUUUCAGUAUGCCACUGUCUGGGAGGCUUUAACCUCUAGUUUCAUUAAAAUUAAUCUUCUGCAAUCUUAUCUAGUCAGAUUAUAUUCAUGCGAGUGAUGGCAAUAAUUUGAACUAUGGACCACGACUAUAUGGUUGAUCCUAUUUACUCCACUCUUGCAAAGCAACCCUUCCAGAAGUUGUACUUUCCCCUAUUGCUGCCUUUUCAGUUAAUCCUGCACAGAACAUCCUGGUCUUGCAACACUGAAAAUUGAUUUUGUUUUCAUUUGAGUUUUGAAAGAACUUGUUCACACCUACUUUUAUUGUAGAUUAAAAUUUACUGACAUUUUAGAUCAUCCAAGGAUCAGAAUUCCACUGGGUUUGGAUGAGCUGAUGUUUUGGAGCACAAGUGGAUUUUUUUUUCUUGCUGGUACAGUGGGUCACAAUCUGCCACACUAUCUUACCAUUGAUACCAUCAGUUAGUGAUGCAAUGCACUCCAGUAAUGUUGAAUUGUUUUAUAAUUUCACUUGAAGGGUGUAUCCAGUUUUAGUUACAAAAACUAAGUAAAAUAUAAAUUAACUGCAGUAUAAAAAAUUUGAUUAACCUGUGCAUGCUAUUUAUAUUUAAAAAAACAAAAUGAACAAUUAGGAAGCAUUUGCAAUAAUCUGAAUGGGAACAGACUAAAGUACUUUUCAUUAGUAGUUCAUAAGUGCAUCUAGCAGUUUAAGAAAGUGCUUGGGAAGGUUUUUAAAUAGGAACUUGCAGUGACUUUAGCUAUUGCAUAUGAGGCUGAAUCACCAGGAUGAUGCCCACAGCACUAAAACUGUACCACUGAGUCCACUAAAUUAACCACCAUAAUUGAUUCUGCUGAUCUUGUCAUUAUCAGUGUGUAUUUACAUUGAGUACUGUGGUAUUGAAUUAAAAUGAAUGUCCAAGUCAAUGGAACAAGCAAUUGAAGAACAUUAUUAAUAUAAGUGUGUGAAUAUUCAAUAUUGUCAAUACAUGGCUUUAGAUCAGAGAUAAUCAGUCUCUCGAACAAGAGGAGGCUCAAUUUGGAUCUUACUCUUGACGCACUAAACAAAAUGACGGCAGAAUGUUAUAAACAUUUUAAAAGUAGUUUGGAAUUUAGAUAUGAAGGUGGCAGGAGGAGAUAGGAAUGCAGUAAAUUGGUGCAGCCAGCUACUUUAAUGAAUUUUCGCAUUUGUAUCAUUAACACUGAAAUACAGUUUAGCCCACUCAUGAAGCCUAGAUUUGUGGUGUUUGCUUCAAGGCAGCUGAUAGUAUAAUACAUUGGAAGACCUUUUUGGAAUAAAUGAACUCAAGUUCUAAUGUUUGCAAAAAUUUCAAUAUUUGAAUUCAUCCACCAUCUUUUAUGUAUAAUGGUGCUGUAAAUUAUCAAUAGUGUGGACAUGUAUUCUGCAACGUUAGUGAAUUGAAACCAAACUAUGCUUGAGUUACUAGAUUGUGAGACAUCUGCACAUCUGUUACAUGAAACUGCAUUUAAAACAUUGUAAUGAAAAUACACCCAUGCAAUUCCUGCAUUCAAUGAAUGUUUAUUUGAUUGAAAACUGUGGCUCAAAAGAUAUAAACAGUAUAUCCUGGAAUUUCUGAAGGGUGCCAAUAAAAAUUGUUUAUGCAAUA